AUGCCUUCUUUUGCAGCAGGUUCGGGGAAAACAAGUUAUCCCCAGAGGACCUCCGAAUUGACAUUUAAGCCAAUUGACUCCAUUUAUCAAGAUAGAUUAAGACAAUUUAUCGAUGAGAAUGGUCAUUACAAAGAUUUGAUGCUUCCAAAGUUAUAUACUAAGGAAACAUUGCAGCUCAAAGCCAAACCUUCAGCCGAUGAUGAUGUUGCCUCUGUUAAUACCAGCUAUUUGGUAUUGAAGCAUUGGGCUGCACCAGGUUUAUCAAAGCCUCUCUUUAAGGAUGUUGUUCCCUCCAAACUUUCAGAGUUCAAAUUAUUCAAUGCACAUGAUACAUUUGGCCCUGCCUGGUCUUCUCACUGGUUUCAGGUUCAAAUGAAAGUUCCAGAAAGUUUUAUCAAUGAAAAGGAGAUAUGGUUAGUUUGGGAUGCCGGAUGCGAGGGUAUGGUCUUUAACAAAGAUGGAAAGCCGCUUCAGGGAUUAACAGGUGAUGGUGAAAGAAUAGAAUUCAUUAUUCCUAACGAAUGGUACGAAUCAGGAAGAGAGUAUACGUUCUACCUUGAAAUGGGUUGCAAUGGUAUGUUUGGUACUACCAAGCCGAUUUAUGAUAUCAAGAAGUGCGAAAUCCAAGUCCCAAAUUUGCAGGCUCAUGCCUUAUAUUACGACUUUUGGAUUUUGAGUGAUUGUUCAAGGGAAGGCAGCUCUCCGCAGAAAUUUAAGGCGCGUGAAAUAUGCAAUCGUAUUAUGGAUACUUUUGAUCCUGAGGAUCCUUCAACCGUGUUACAGUGUCGUGAAAUUGCUCAAGAGUUCUUGGGGCCGAAUGUUGACUCAGAGAAAGUUUUUAAAGAGAAAUCAUUACAGAAGAUUAAUACUGUGUAUGCAAUUGGUAAUUGCCACAUAGAUACCGCCUGGCUCUGGGAUUUCGCAACCACGAAAACAAAAAUUGCCAGAAGCUGGUCAUCCCAAUUGCGAUUAAUUGAGAAGUAUCCUGAGUACGUUUUUGUUGCCUCUGCUGCUAUUCAUUUCAAAUGGCUUGAGGAUUAUUAUCCAGACUUAUUUAAAGAAGUUUUGAAGGCAAUUAAGGGAGGCAGAUUUAUACCACUAGGUGGCGCAUGGGUUGAAAAUGAUACUAAUGUUCCAAGUGGAGAAGGUCUUGCCAGACAGUUCAUUCUCGGCCAAAGAUAUUAUGAACAACUUUUUGGCUUCAGAAGCGAUAUAUACUGGCUUCCAGAUUCUUUUGGCUAUUCGAAUCAAAUUCCACAACUCUGUAGAUUGGCAUGCAUGCCUAAUUUUUUGACGCAAAAACUCUCUUGGAAUAAUGUUGAUGUCUUCCCAGACAGUUCUUUUAACUGGGUUGGUUUAGAUUAUUCUCAAGUUAUGGUGCACAUGCCUCCUGACAAUACUUAUACUGCUGCAGCACACUACGGAGAUGUUAUGCGGUCUGUUCAAAAUCACAAAAACUUGUACAAUGAUCAGAUGGGAAUGCUUUUGUAUGGUAAAGGUGAUGGUGGAGGAGGACCAACGCCAGAAAUGGUUGAGCAAUUGAGAAGAGUUCGUGGUUUGGCCGAUCAUGCGGGAGGUACCACUCCAACCGUUGAUAUGGGGUGUACUGUUAAACAAUUUUUUGAUAAGUUACGUGAUGAUACAGAUGAUGGAAAGAAACUUCCGUGCUGGCGAGGCGAAUUGUAUCUUGAAUAUCACAGGGGAACAUAUACCACUCAAGCAAAAGUUAAGGAUCUAAUGCGUACAUCAGAAAAGUUAGUCAGGGAUAUCGAAGUGCUUGCUAGUGCUGCUUCUAUUGUAAACAAGACUUACAAGUAUCCUCAUGCAAAAAUUGAGAAUAUUUGGGCUGAUAUAUGUUUGUGCCAAUUUCAUGAUGUUUUACCUGGCUCAUGUAUUCAGAAAGUUUAUCACAACGAUGUUUGGCCUUUAUUAACAAAGGUUAUUGAAAAAGAGCGUUCAAUAAUUAAAGAAAUUUUCUUAUCUGUCAACAAUGCUGAAAACACUGCUUCAGAUUCUGCUACUUUGAUGAAAAUAAACACGCUCCCAUGGAACAGAACGACUAUUUUACCUGUCGAUUCGAUUCCACAUUCAUUGCAAGGUUAUUCUCAAAAUGGCAAAUACUUAGCAUUUACUGGUGAUCUGGUUAUGCUUCCAAUUAAGCAAAUACCUAAAUAUGCAUCGAAAAUAUCACAAAAUGCCAAUGGCUCAUAUAUUCUUGAAAACGGUCUCUUGAGAGCUGUGAUUGAUGAAAAUGGAAUUGUUAAAAGUUUAGUGGAUUUAUUCGAACAUCGUGAGAUAAUUGAUACAAGUAAGAUGAAGGGAGGAAACCAAUUUGUCAUGUAUUCGGAUACUCCAUUGAACUUUCAGGCCUGGGAUACUGAGUUGUUCUCCUUGGGCAAAUUCAAAUAUGUGGAGAAGGCAAGCAGCAUCAGGAUUUUAGAAUCUGGUCCUCUCGUCUCCUCCUUGGAGGUUUCACACCAGCUUUCCAAAACAAGUAAGAUUACCACUGUUAUAUCGUUAGCUGCGGGAGAUGACACAGAUGUGCCACCUAUGCUUAAGUUUGAUUGUAACGUGGACUGGGAUGAAACUUACAAAUUCCUCAAGGUCCAGUUCCCUGUGACAGUUUCGCAGGAAUAUGCCAAUUAUGAAACACAAUUUGGUAUCACGAAGAGACCUACACAUUACAAUACAAACUGGGAUAUUGCUAAAUUUGAGUGUUGUUGCCAUAAGUUCAUCGACUUUUCCGACUUUAACUAUGGUGUCUCUCUUUUGAAUAACAACAAGUAUGGUGGAAAUGUUCAUACAAAUGUGAUAACACUAUCGUUGUUGCGUGCACCUAAAUACCCCGAUCCUACAGCUGAUAUUGGUAAACAUACAUUUAGUUAUGCUUUGAUGCCACAUGCAGGACCACUUGGCUAUAAGACUGUCCGUGCUGGAUGGGAAUUCAACGAUAGAUUGGAUAAGGCUUGCAGACUUCCGUUGCAUUCUAAAGAGAGUAUACUUUCACAAAUGUCGAACUUGGUGACAAUCGAAGGUGAUAAGAACAUAAUACUCUCUAAUGUCAAGAGAGGUGAAGAUGAUUUUGAUGUUGACGGCGAUGGAAGUCUUAUCAAUAGUCUUCCAGUGAAGUUCAAUGGCUCACAAACACUAGUUUUGAGAUUAUACGAAUCCUUGGGUGGUGUGUCCAAGGCUAAAAUUACCAUUGGCCAUCCAAUUAAGAAAGUACUUAAAACAAAUAUUCUGGAAGAUGCCUUAGAGGAUAUUACAUUUGACAAAAAUACCAAUAGCUUUAGUAUUUCUUCGAAGGCUUUCGAGAUUUCGACGUACCAGGUUGUGCUUGCUUGA